UUUCCUCCCCUUGCGCUCUCUCUCUCUCUCUCUCUCUCUCUCUCUCGUUAUCUCCUCUUCCUCUGUUUUCCAGUCCUGAGAAUUUAAUGAAGCUGGAGGAUUCAGAGGAAACCAUGGGUUCCAACACCAGUGGCAGCAUCUGCAACAGCGGGUUCAUCCCCGCCGUAGUCAUCGUGAAGGGCAAGCGCACGAAGAGACGGAGGAUACAUGUGCCGCCAGUCUCAUCAGCCGUGGCGAUCGACUCAUCGUCGGAUGCCUCGUCUGUGGAGGUCUCAGGCUGCGUCACCGAGGAGGAUGAGGACAUGGCCAAUUGCCUUAUCCUUCUAGCUCGGGGACGUGCCUCCGAUGCCGGACUUAAGGCAGAAGGCCUGGGGGGUGAAGACGGUGGCGCCGGCCGCAAUCUUUACGAGUGCAGGACAUGCAGCAAAAGCUUCCCGUCGUUCCAGGCGCUCGGAGGGCACCGCGCCAGCCAUAAAAAGCCCAAGUUGGCCAUGGCGACCGCGACCAUGGCGGAGAACAAGAAAGCCAUGGGUGACGAGGAUUCGCUUCAAAUAAGCAUGAAUUCUUUCCCCAGCAUCAAGCCAAAGAUCCAUGAGUGCUCGAUAUGUGGAUUGGAGUUCAACUCCGGUCAGGCACUCGGCGGCCACAUGAGGCGGCACAGACCUCUGACUACUUCGACCAUCCAAGGAGCAGCCAAUAAGGAGAGGGCCUUCCUGUCAUUAGAUCUCAACCUUCCGGCACCAGCCGACGACGAGCAAGACGAGCUUCGAAGGCCAACGUCACCAGCUUUCACCUUCGUCCUCGCGGCACCGUCGGCUUUGGUGGACUGCCAUUACUGAAAAGCAACUAGUGGAAGAAACGCUACCCAUUCUUUUCGUCACUCCUACUCUUCCUUCUUCCAUGCAUUGAAAUGAUGUGAACUACUCGUAUGUUCAUGAUUUAAAAGGUGUCCAUAAUUCAUUGAAUUCUUCGAUGUC